UGUUACAGAUAUAUUUAAACAUCGAACUAACAAAAACAAGCUAUUCAAUAUUUACACGCAACUGUACAUUGUAUUACAUAGUAUAUUUGACCUCCUUUUGAAGCAUACGCAUUUUAAAUUUUAAUUGAUAGGUAAUUAUUGUUUAGCUGGUGUUGAAUCAUAGUUUGCAUAACUGAGACAGUUAGGUAUCGAAUUGCGAAAUGGUACCAACUGGCGUAACCAUAAUCGAUGCCCGAGAGAGUCCUGUUACACCACGGGGUGUAAAACUAAUUUCUCCAGCAGCGUCAAAAGCUUAAGAAAAUCCUGUCUAAUAUGCAAAAAAAAAUGCAUUUCUGCUUCUGUGUCCACUCCAGAUGGUGUAGACAUUAUUCCACCAAGACUAGAGUCAUGAGCGAGUUCAGCUGACGGACUGGAGACUGCUAAUCAUACCUGGCUAAGUGUGGUGUGCACAUAACUUCCGAAGGUUUAAAAUGGGAUCUGGUGCAGCAAAACCCGGUAAAUCAAUAGCACAUCUGGAUUUUGAUCCGUCACAAAGCAAUAUUGUACAGGACACAGAAAACACAAAGGUCAUAAAAAACAACACGGAGUUUAAUGUGGCAACAAAUACAUACGUGUCUAACACAAAAACUGUUUUAAACAAGAAUAUGAAAAUAGACAUUUCUUGCAGCGGAGGCGGCGUUAUCAGGAUAGGGUUAACUACGACAAAUCCAUCUGACACUGUUAACAUUUUACAGGGCUCUGUAUUUGAGAAAGAAGAGGGUUUUGGACAAGAGGAAACUAGCCGAAUACUGUACAAGUCCGAGUUUGAUCAUUUCUGGUACGGUCCACCAAAUGAAGAGAGGGAAUACGGAAGUUGUAGUGAACAAGACAGCCUGUGGCUUUAUGUUAUCCAUGUGUACGGAGUUCUCGACAUUAAGGCACAACUGAUAGAAAGUGAUAAAGCCAUGGACUUACAGCUGUGUCCUCUAGUCACAGAUCAGAGUAGAGCGACUGCAAUAAACCCAAAUACUGCUGUCUGCAAAAUAAGGGAGUCCGUUGUUAAAGGAGAUAUCUACCACUGCCGAUGGAAUAUGAAAUUGGAAAAUGAAAAUAUCACAGGGAAAGCACCCACUUAUGGCUAUAUGUGCCUAAGACUAGUAUCAAUGAAGAAUGACACAGUAGAGAAAGAAGAAACACUAUGGGAGAGGAAGAGCGCUGUCCUAGAGUACCCGUUUAGUUCUGUAAUUGCUUUUCGUCUGAACAUCCAAGAAAAUGAGGUUGAACACAAUCUACUCAUCAAUUCUGUUGGUACUACGCAGAAAGAUUAUUUCGAAAAAGAAGUCCAACCUGAAUCUCUGUACUUUGUGAUUGAAUUUAGUAGUGGUCAGCUUGAAGUUACCCACGGGAAAGGACUUAGAGUAGCGCAAGAGGUCGGAAGUAUUUUGCUGAUUAGCGAUUAUAAGACAGAUAUUGACGAGGCAGACGCUCGGGAAAUAUUACUGGAAACAAGUUCAAAACUUGUCUGCUUUCAGCCUCAUCGGAUACAAUUUGGUGACAGCACUGGCAAGUUUGCACUAGAGUUUAACGAAAAACUGACGGAUAGAGACAUAACACUUGUGCAACGAAAGUUGAGUUGUCCAGUUAAACAGUUACAAGAGACUGAUACAGUUCAACUAGUGGUUAAUGAUAUCGAGGGUAUAGAUGAAGACCUUGUGAAAUUUGAUAUAGAAUCACAUUUCUCUUGGACAAAAGCAGGAGGAGGAGUUAUUGUUAGUACAGUAAAAGACAAAAUCAUUCCAGGGUGUUGGCUUGUUCAGUAUAGGAGCAAGGAAACCGCUAGAAAAAUCUGGACUAUGAAGACACAUAGUUUCAUCGUAGGUGGGGAACAUGUAAAAGCUCAUGUUUUCCCAGUGUUUAAGGAACUUGGUUUAACUGUAAAUAAUGGCGAAAAACCAGUGUUUGAUACAUCUGCUUUAGUACUUAAAGUGGACAAGGACAAACUUCGCUUCAUACGGAAAAGGGACUCGGAAAAGAACGCUUUCAUUGCUAGCUUAAACAGAACAGUUGAAGUAGAUGUAAAUUGGGCAGCAAAUACCAAAGAUGAUAGCUUUGUGGACGAGUUUGAAGAAGAAGAAGCUGAAAGUGAAGAUGAUAAGAUUGGAGUGAUAACCUUGGAAUGUCGUGUCCCUAAAUCGGAGGGGAUAGAGCUAGCUGUUUGGAAAGAUAAAACAAAGACAUUUGUGUUGAACUACUUUAGAACAUGUAUACAUGAGGUAACUUUUAAUGUAGGUGAUGAUGCUGUUGAAACGAUUCUUGAUGUAUUAAGCAACCUACAAAAAGAGUAUUUAUUUGAAUUUGAAGAAAACCUUAGAAAGAAGAAGGUGAAAUUAUUUGGAUCCGAUUCUCACAAACUACAACAUGUCGCAGACAUAGCUAGAAAACCUAUUGUGGUUCAAGAACACAUUCAGGAACUAGUUAAAGUUGCAAUGGAAAAGUACCUUGCGUUAGACGCAGAAGGAAUACUCGACCAAGUUAAAAUUGAGUGCCCAUAUACGUCUUUCAAAGUGAACAGGGAUACUGAAAUGGUCACUCUCAAAGGCCCUAAAGAUGAAGUUCAUGAUGCGAAUAGGAAAAUACUUAAACUAGCCAUUGACACUAGCACUAUAGAACUGCCUUUAAGUGUAGAACAAACAGAAUUCAUGCAAAGAGGUGGCCAAGAUUUAUUAAGGAACGAAUUUCGUAAAGUACGGAUGAAUCCUAACUUCUCAAUAUCUGAAAAUAACGUCAUUGUGGUGAUCUUCACAGGGAAUGGUGUCACUGAAGACAAGAGAAAAAGGGAAAUGUUAGGUAUUGUUGAAAAGCUCAUCAACACAUGUUUAGUACCAGUCAACAAAGAUUCUGUCUCGGCGUUGCAAACAGAUGAAUGGAAACAUUUCAAGCAGGAACUUGUGAAAAGGGCAAAUGAGCAUUUGAUCAUUGUAGAUCCCGAUACAGCGAUUAUUUCAGAACAGAAGAACAAACAAAUCAUUAGAAUUAUUGGUACAACUGUAACGACCAAAUUUGCUAAACUGGAAGUCGAAAAUUUCUUGAAACAUUUUGGAAAUGAUGCAGUAAUUCCCCGGUUACCAGUAGAAAUUGCUGAGUACCUUGACGAAUUCCAGAGAGAACUGUACAGCGGCAAAGUCGAAUUUGUGAAAGACAGUAACGGAUGUGUCACUGGCGAACUUACCUUUCAUGGUAAAGCCGAAGAUAUUGCUCAGAUGAAAGAGAAAAUUGAAAAAGAUAUAAAGAAUAUUAGUAGCCAUUGGUUUUACAUUAAGAAAAGUUGGAUUGCCAGUGUCGUCCAAAAUCUUGUUGACUUAAAAAUCCUAUCCAACAAGGAAAAGUUUCUGUUACAAUUAGAUAUAGGGCAUAGUCUUGCUGUUAAGAGAAUUUCGGGCGUAGCUAUUUUGCCUCGAUCAGGAACAGCCAUUCAGGUAAAACAAGGUGAUGUCAUAUUAGAGACAACAGCUGCUAUCGUUCAUAGCACGAACGGAUAUAAAACUGCGUUUGAAAGAGGCCUUGGAAAACGUGUGAUAGAAUUUGGUGGAGAGGAAAUUAGAGAACAACUAUUACAAGAAUUACAUAAACGCAAAAGUUUAAAGAAGCAGUUAGAUAAUAGGUCUGAUAAUUUACUCGCCACGGAAGAUGAUCUAGACAGUGGAUUUAUAGCCGGAGAUGUGAUUAUGACUGGAUCUGGCCAGCUUCGAUGUGUAAAGGUCUUGCAUGCUUUUGCUCCUAAGAUUGACAGUGGCAAGUCAGAAGAAGUAGAGCACAAAAAUCUUUUAAGGAAAAUAUUACAGACAUGUCACGAUAAAGGAAUGGCAACAAUAGCUCUGUCGGCUAUUGCUUGUGGUGCUGAAAAACAAUCGAACCUAAACGUUACGUUACACAUGGUAGAAGCUGUCACAGAAUUUGUUAAAGAUACCAAAGGUUCUGUCAUAAAGGAGGUAGUCCUAUGUGACAGUUCCAAGACAGUGGUAGAUAAGUUCACAGAAGCGUUGGGGACCUUGAAAGAUCCAUGGUUUGUCUUCAGACAUGGACAGAAAAUUGAAGUGAAAGAUGAAACAGAAGACCAAAGUAAACGACCCAACUCGAGCUCGGAACUUUCCCGUCCAUACACUCCGGGAUUAAGAUGGGGAAGACGACGUGCACAAAUUGUACAAGAUGAGGAAGAAGAGCAGGAAACAGACCACAGUCAACCAGAAGCCAGUCUUGAUUUCGGAGGCGGUCUUCCAUACCACAUUCCACUUACAAAUAGACUCACUCUGCAUGUUGUGAAAGGGGAUAUAACGCAUCAAUCGGUAAAUGUUAUUGUAAGCACGACUUCGGAGUUUCCAAAUCUGACAGGUUCAGUUGCGAAUGCUUUGAUGAAGUCCGGAGGAAAUACCAUUUUACAAGAAUGCAAAACUCUCGGAAGUAUUUCAGAAGGUCAGAUAGGAGCUACGGGAGCUGGGAAUCUAAACAGUGAUAAAAUAUAUCACGUUCUAAUACCAAACAAAUGGGACUCUAAAAAAGGAGAUGAGUUCGUGUACAAGAUGGUAACUUCAUGUCUAACUGAGGCUAUAAACAGUGGAUACUCUACGAUUGCCUUUCCUACGAUUGGAACUGGUAGACUGGGAUUUCCACCAGAUGGAGUUGCUCAUUCAAUGAUAAAUGCAGUCUGUGAUAUUGGAAGUCAUUUUACAAAUGCUUCUCUUACAGAUGUAACAAUUGUGGUAUAUUCAAUGGCUGAAAACCUGUGCAGGAUAUUUCAAGAUGAGGUUCCAUUAUAUUUCAAAAAGACAGGCCAUGAUAAAAACGGAAGUUCACACAGAAAUGGCGGAGGAAAUGCUGCGCCUCCAACAUCUGACAUACAUAAUCAUCUGGUAGAUGAUGUAGUGAUCGUGAAGAUAGUAUCCCAAACAAACGGAAUUGCCAUUCAGAAAAAGCUGGAAGAUAUUGUUGACAAAGAGUACGUUACAAAGAAAGUCUCUUUCAAAGAGUUAGCUAGAGAAAAGAUGCUUUCAAAUUCCGAGGAAAUGGCUCUGAAAAAACUAGAGCAAGAAUUUGGCGUCAGCGUACAUAUCGAAAAAUCAACUAAAUGUGUAAAAAUAACAGAACUCAAGAAACGAGUUGACGACAGUGAAUUUGCAGCAGUAAAAUUAUUAGAACAUGAAUUUCCAACGUCGCGUCUUAAGGAAAGGAAUGAAAAGAUAGUGGCUGCGAACGUACAGUGGUACUAUGAUGACGCCGAUGGGAAGACACAUCCGGUAGAUGCAGAGUCCAACUACUUGAUUCAUGAGGGCUAUCUUAAUGGGCAGGACUUCCAGUACUACAAUGGUACUAAGAAAAAAGAAUAUAAAAUGAUAAUAGAUGAUAUGUCGGAACACCCUGUUGACAAUCCAGCGGAUAAAAGACGUCUCCAUCUUAGAACUAAUAUUGAUAAAGAGAUUGCCUUGCCACAUACCUGGUCGAUUACAGAAAAAAAUGAAGACUUUGCCGAGGUGCAGUUGAAAGGGAGCGAAACAGAAUUUAAUGAAGUUAAACUUUUGUUCAUCAAAGGAGGAUGCAAAUCAAAAAGUAUUGUCAGUAUAACUAGACUGGAAAAUAGAUUCCUGUGGCUGCAGUAUCAGACGAAAAUGCGACAGUUACAAAAACAAAAUCUCAAAACACAAAACGAAAGACGUCUGUGGCAUGGAACGGACAUUAAUACCGUUCCGAAAAUUAUCAAAAACGGAUAUGACCGAAGCUUUACCUCAGUUUUUGCGUAUGGGAGAGGAGCCUACUUUGCUGCACAUUCUUCGUACUCUGACAACGAUAGGUUUGCUGUUCCAGAUGCGCAUGGAAACAAAAGAAUGUUUCUUAAUAGAGUUCUUGUAGGAGUGCCUUGUGUUGGCAACUCCAACAUGCAUGUACUUCCCGUCAGGAAAGACCUUACUGUUGAUAAUAUCAAAGUUUAUUAUGACAGCGCAGUGGACAAACUGAAACAAUCAGAAAUAUUUGUUAUAUUUCACGACACUCAGGCUUACCCUGAAUAUUUGAUUGAAUAUAAAUGAAAUAUUAACACAUUACUUGGCAGCCUCGGUAAAAGGAAGAUUUGAUUGUUAU